AUGGCGGCUGUUAUGAAGCUGAAGACGCUUCAGGGUCAUCUGCAGGACCUGAGCGGGUUUGAGAAGCCGAAAGUACAACUGGAGCAGUAUGAGACUCCUCCACACAUUGCUGCUGUUGCUCUUUACACAAUGCAGACACAAUACGAAGCCCUAGAAGGCAAGCUAGUGCUCGACGCGGGCUGCGGGCCGGGCGCGCUGACCGUCGGCGCGGCGCUGCUCGGGGGCGCCGUCACCGCCGUGGACGUGGACGCGGACGCCUUGAGCGUGCUACAUGAAAAUAAAGAUGACACUGAGAUUGCUAACGUUGAUGUAGUGCAGUGCGAUUUCCUUGGACCAAGUGUUUGUAGAUGGGAAAACUAUUUUGAUACAGUUGUGAUGAAUCCGCCGUUCGGCACGAAGAGCAACGCCGGCGUCGACAUGCGAUUUCUACGAACUGGGCUGGAUCUCAGCUGCGACAGUGUCUACUCGCUACACAAAUCUUCUACAAGGGCACACAUCCAAAAGAAGAUCAAAGAGUGGGGCGUAAAGGGCAGCGUGAUAGCGGAGCUGCGCUACGACCUGCCAGCGACGUACAAGUUCCACAAGCAACAGACGCGCGACAUCGCCGUCGACCUGUGGCGGGUGCACCACCCCAGCUAGGAGUCAGGUUUUACUGACCCAACCAGACAUUAGUUGAAAUUGAUUAAUUAAGGUGUAUUCUGGUAAUUACAAAUCACCUCCGAACGGCAGGUAAACCGCAGUUAACUUUUGCGGGGCAAUAAUAUGCAACACAGUUACUUACCUAAAGUGUCAUUCUAUGGAACUUGCUAACUAUGUAAGCAAAAGUCACUAGUAAAUUCAUUAUUCAGAGAAAAUUUCAAUAUGGCGGUUUGUUUACAUAGUUAGCAAGUUCCAUAGGGUGACACUUUAGUUACUGUUGCUCCACAAAAGUUGCCACAGUGAAUGCAUCUUAAUUUUAAAAACCGCCCAUAAUUCUUUCGAUAUCAGAGUCCUAUUCCGAAAUUACUUGACAUUCGUUAGUGAUACGGAAUUAGGCACUCAAAUACACCUUAGGGUGGUAUUCCACCUGUCCAAUAUCAUUGCGUCUCACUCUCAUUAAGCCAAAUGUGAGACGCGAUACACAUUGGACAAAGAAAUAGGACAGAUGGAAUACCACCCUAAGUAGUGGAAUACCUACGUUUCACAAAUCUUUUUUUAUUUAUUACACUUUCAACUCUCGCGUUUUGUACUCAUAUUUAAUGCUAUGAACGGCUCUACCGCGAUUUAAUUUCAUUAUUUUUUAUUUUAUGAAAUUAUAUCACGAUAGACCCGUUCAUAGCAUUAAAUAUAUAUUUUUUAUUUAUUGCUAUUAAAACAGAAUGUAGAUAGCUAUAUAUAGGUAUAUUUAAUAAUAACCUUUCAGGUGGCAUUCAUCAUUUGUUGGAAUUAUAACUUUCUGUAAAAUAAUUAAAUUCAAAAUAUACAUGUCCCGCUAAGGGAAUGUGCCACGCGAAGGGUUAAAUUUUGAAUGACAGACGACAGCAGCAUCCCUGCAUAAGGUUCAUAAUCAAAUGAGAUGGCAAACCACAUUCGGCUUUGAACCACAAAUUCUUUUCGUAGAUUUAUAAGUCCCUAUCCUCCUAAGGCCCAAGGUCCUACCUAUAGUACUUACUCAGUCCAAUGAAAUUUAAAUCAUAUUCGAUUGGAACAGAGUUGCUUUUGCUUUAUUUCGUUCAGUUUUUGAACAACGCAAAAUCAACUCUUAUUUCCUAAAUUAUAGGUUCAAAUUUCAGUGGCCAAUUUUGCAUUUUUCAUUUUUAUGGCUGGGCCUUAGGAGGCUAUAUCUCUGUUAUAUUAUACGGCUCCUGUUGACUAUAUGGUACUGAACUGUAAAAUUAUAAGUUAACAGUAUAGUUUUCGUAACACGAGGUAAAAGUGAAAAAAUAUAUCAAAAUUGAUUCCGAAUCAAAAAGCUUAUGUUUUUAAUGAAAU